GCCCGACUCCCGGAACAGCCCGAGCGGAGCGGAGCGGCUCGGCGCGGCGGCCUCCGCACCUCAGCAGCCGCCGAGCGCCCGCCCGCCCGCUCUCCCGCUCGCUCGCCCGCCCGCGCGCGGCUGCGUCACCGCCCCGCCCCCGUCCCGGCCCCGCCCCGUCCCGUCCAGUCCGGGCCCAGCCGCGGGCUGCGAGCUGCUGCGGGUCAGAUCCCGACCUGGGUGUCUCUGCGGGCGGAGUGAGCGGGGCGGCUGCAGCGUGCCUAGGGUCCCCGGAGCCCGCAGAGACGCCGGCGGGAGCGUGCGGCGUCCCGUCGCGGGAGGACUGUCCUCCAGAUUCAGUAAACCGGCCAAGCUUGGUCCAGCUCCCGAUGGACAGGCAUGUUGGAAGUUCCCAUGGCCGGAAGUUAUGGUGUGAUGGCUGAUGACGGUUCUAUUGAUUACACAGUCCAUGAAGCCUGGAACGAAGCCACCAAUGUUUACUUGAUAGUUAUCCUUGUUAGCUUUGGUCUCUUCAUGUAUGCCAAGAGGAAUAAAAGGAAAAUUAUGAGAAUAUUUAGCGUGCCUCCCACAGAAGGGAUGUUGUCAGAGCCAAGCUUUUAUGACACAGUGAGCAGAAUUCGCUUAAGACAACAAGUGGAGGCGCAUCCCGUUUCAAGAAAGUAUGAGUAUCAACAGCCACAAAGCCAGGCCGACAGUGUGCAGCUCUCAUUGGAAUAAAACUUCAGACUGAGCAACAGAAGUGAAUGUGACGAAGUACGAGAAACACGUUCCUCGCCCCUCUAUAAGCUCAGCCCAGUUGUGCCCCUCCCCCAAGCCUGCUUGUGUUGCUUCUUCUGGGACUUCCUGCAUAAGUGCAAAAAUGCUUAGAAAGAAAAUGCUUAGUGACUGGAGAUGGGGACUUAUCCUUUUGAAGAUCAAUGAUGACUCCAGGAUACAGUGAAAAAUACAAGCACAUCUUUGGAAGCAAGAAUCCUAGAGUUAAUGUCUCUUCAGAAUAUUUCUACAGCAUUAAAACAUGAUAUCCUAGCUGUUGGGGUAGUUUGCUCUUAGGACGUGGUCUAUAAUGAUAUUUAACAAUUGUAGCAGACUAAUUUGUGUUGCUUCCACGAUUGUUCCUGGCUCUUUGAGUCAACUUUACUUCAAGACUUGUAUGACACACAAGGACCUUCUAGGCUCUUCAGUGUCAUGAAGGUUAUCCCAUCUGCUGCCUGUGGGUACUUUCUGUAUCGGGUUUGUCUCCCUUUAAUUGCAUCCCCAAAAGUUGUUAUUUUGUUUCGGAUCCCACAUUUCCCUUGCCUCCAUAUGGUUCCUGGGGGCCAUCCUGUUAGACAAGGAGACAUCUCUGUCUUGCUCCCUGUUGCUGUGGAUGGUUACAGCAGUGUCUUCUGCUGCUUAAAGCUUUGCUGAAAACCCA